AUGGCAAAUACUAAGUCACGAGGAAGAAGAGCCGAGAAAAAGGCCAAAGAGGCAGAUAUCCAGGCUGCAAACGUAUCAGAAGAAGCUACUCCAAGCUCGACGGCACCGGAAAAUAUCCCCAACACCUUUUUCGGUCUUGUUGACGCUAGUGAGAUUGACUAUUUCAAACAAGCCGAGUCGACUUUGAAUUUGGACUCGUUUGAGAAUGACGACGAGAGAACCGGAUUCGUGAAUUCGGUGUUAGAGGAAGCAAGGGGCAAAGAAUUGAAGUUGGUGACGAAUCAAAUCUGUUCGAAAUUGAUGGAGAGGAUGAUUUUGCUCGCUAAUGCCACGCAAUUGAAGUCGAUAUUUGAGAAUUUCGCGGGCCAUUUCGUCUCGUUGGCUUUCCAUAAAUACUCUUCGCAUGUAUUGGAAACAUUGCUUGUUCGAUCAGCGGCGCUAGUUGAGAAAGAGCUUACGCAGACUGACGAAAUCAAGCCCGAACAAGAAGAUCAAAAAAUCGAAGAACGAAUCGAAGAACAAGGGGUUGUGAUUGAGGAUCGCCGUCACGGGGACAACAAUAGCAAGUCGAUGGAGGAGAUGUUCUUGAGCAUGGUGAAUGAAUUCGAGCCGCAUUUGAUGACCAUGAUCGAUCACCAAUACGCGUCGCAUGUGUUGAGGCUCUUGAUCUUGAUCCUUGCUGGAAAGGAACUUCCCUCGACAACCACGUCGAACUCAACGCUUCGCUCCAAAAAAUCCAAAAUCGCGAGGAAAAUGAUCGAAAUUAAGGAUAACGAGGAUUUCAAUCGCGCGUUUCAGACUCCUUCUUCAUUCAAGAAUGAGUUACGCAACAUUAUCCUGAUAAUUGUCAAAUCACUAGAUACCAAACGGGCGAGAGAGCUCAGUAUACACAAGGUUGCCUCGCCUGUGAUGCAACUCAUUGUAAGAGUUGAAGGAUUAGUGGAUCGUGAGCGUGCCAUGUGGCAUCUUGUAUUCGCCAAGCAAUCAGACGAUAAAGUGCCCGAGGAAGAGUCAUUUGUCGAGUAUUUGCUAUCCGAUUCAGUCGGGUCGCAUUUCUUGGAAGGGAUAAUCAAGAAUGACGGCGCUAGACCUCAAUAUAUUGAAAGAUUAUACAAGUUAUACAUGAAAGACCGGGUGCUCAAACUAGCUAAACGCGCCACUACAGGAGUCUACAUAAUACAAGCCCUAUUAUUCAAAUUGAAGCCAGUUGAAGUUGAGCUCAUUCUAGAUGCGGUGAUUCCCGAGCUAGCCAACUUGAUUUCGAUUGCCGAGAAUCAAAAUUUGGACUUGGCGCAACGAGUCAUUGACGCGUCGAUCGCGAGGGGAAACUAUAAACGUGACGAGAUCAUUGACCAGUUUUUCAAAAAAUUCGCUCCAAAUUACGACUGGACUAAUCCGCAACCAAACACCACGACUGAGUUUAUUGAAAACGUGUUGCAGUUGACUGGGUCCACGCUCGGCAACACCAGGAACGACUGGCCUACCGCGGAAGAGAGAAGACGCGCUUUGUUCUUGGAGAAACUAAUGGAGCUCGAUUACAGAUUUGUGAUUUGCACAUGGUUGAACUUGAUGGCGUUGUCCAGCGAGAAAUUGCAGCAAAUGUGUCUCCAUGGUGUCUUUUCGCACGUGGUGGAGGAUUCGCUAGUUGUGGAAGCAAAUGAGCCCAAGAACGUCCAGAUCUUGCGGAAAAGGGUGUUGAAUGCGUUUCAAGGACACAUGGUGGCGUUGGCUUGCAACUCGUACGGCUCGCACAUUGCUGAUAAACUAUGGAAGUUCACGGUGUUGUUGCCGAUGUACAAGGAUAGGUUUGCGCUGGAAUUGGUCAGCGAUGCGACAAAAGUCAAAGAUAGCAGCUAUGGGAAAUUGGUGUGGAAGAACUGGAGCAUGGAGUUGUUUGUUCGAAAAAAGUUUGAUUGGAAACGGUUGGUCAAGGAGCAGGAGCAAGAGUUUUUGGGCGAGGGCGUCGAUGACGAGAAUAACCAGGUGGCUGUCAAGAAGCCCAUCGAGUUGAAAAUGGAGAGACUCGCCGAGGAGAAAAAGAGGCAGCAGGAGCAAGCUGAAAAAGCACAGAAUGGAUACACGAAAAGAAAACUCGACGAGUUGACACUGGGGAAUGAAAAAAGACAAAAGCUUAGAGGCCGUAGGCGUGAAUAA